AUGUUGAAUGAACAUGAGAUUGAGAGGCUCAGAUCAGGCUGUCAUUUGGAAGCAAUGAGUUUAAAACCCUUCACCUACCCGUUUCCAGAGACGAGGUUUCUUCACGCAGGACCCAAUGUGUAUAAGUUCAAAAUUAGAUAUGGCAACAGUAUCAGAGGGGAAGAGAUAGAAGAUAAGGAAGUCAUCCUCAAGGAGCUGGAGGAUUCUAUUCGUGUGGUCUUGGGAAACUUGGACAAUCUGCAGCCAUUUGCUACAGAACACUUCAUUGUAUUUCCCUAUAAAAGCAAAUGGGAAAGAGUGUCCCACCUGAAAUUCAAAUAUGGGGAAAUCGUCUUGGCCCCCUAUCCAUUUGUUUUUACUCUGUAUGUGGAGAUGAAAUGGUUUCAUGAAAACCCGUCACCUGGGAAACCAUUAAAUGACAGUCCUCUUGGAUUGGAGUCUGGUUCCUCUCUGAAGGUGCCGGCGGAGACGAAAGCAGCAGGAGCCAUGAUGAGGAAAGGAGCGCGAGUGGAAGUACCCAGCCCCCUGCACAGGCCAGAGCUGGACAGGGCCAAGAUGGGGAUUUCCAGCCAAGGCCCCAGCAAAAAGAGGCCCCUUAUGGAAACCAGGAGGAACAUGGAAAGAAAAACCAAGCAGAAAUGUCAGGAGAGCCCAACGUUUGAUAUCACUGAUGUCCAGGAACAGGAUUCUAAGCUGGGGGACAGCCUAGUGGGACAGAUCAUCCCCCCAUUGCAGCAAGACAAUCCAUCUCCACCGGAAAGACCCGCAGAGCUGGCAACCAAUGGCUUCUUUGGGUUUCUAAGCUCUCUCUUCCCCUUUCGUUAUUUCUUCGGAAAGAGCAGCCGGUGA